AUGCUAGGUGGUCCCAGUUCCUUCUUGGUAUCGGUUUUUGUUCUUUGUUUGCAAGCAGAUAUGUUUCGUGGUUUAGCCCCUUCCAGGAACAAAAUUCUCGGGCUGCAAGUCGGCUUAUUUAGGCUCUACUCACAGAAACCGUACAAUGUUCCCAAAGCGUCAUUUGCACCACCUAAAGCAAAGCUGCUGCAGGCGACAGGAUGGAGAGCGUUCGGGCAAUGGCUAGGAGACAAUUCCACUCAGAAGAAGCUAACGAAGGUAUAUGUUGCAGGGUUCGGUGUUUGCUGUAUUUUUUUUUACUAUUACAUGAGAGACAAGUACUAUGAGGAGAAGUUCAGCAACUCGCUUAAGCAGAAGUUUCUUGAAGACCCGGACUCAUUGAACGAGUACGAACAUCUUAGGUUGAAGUUGGUUUUGGGAGACAAAUUGAAGGUCAGAGAACAGAAGACUUAUGAUUUGUAUCAGGCUUUGAGAAAGGAGCAAUUCAGAUCCAGUCUGCCUGGCUCCUUCCACCUGCCCUCCCCAGAAGAGUUACAAGAGUGGUACGACAGGCAACCAAAAAGGCUUGUAAAGAAGGCGCCGGUGCCUGAGGAUGAGGAACAUGUACAUGAGCACGAGCACGAGCAUAGUGAAGUAGCCACCAAUAAGACAAACCCAAAUAUCAUGGAACCAGCUGACACCACUGAGUUCUACGACGGCAUGGCGUCUGCGUACGACGACGAGGUCAAGUGGGAAGAGAGGGCCAUUCUUAUGGGAAUGCGUAGAAGUCAAAUCAUGUCAAGAUUGGAAGGUGACGUUUUGGAAAUCGCCUGUGGAACUGGUAGAAAUAUCCCCUACUUGCACUUUGAUAAGAUAGAUUCUAUAACGUUUUUAGAUUCUUCGCCUAAGAUGGUUGAGGUUACUAGGAACAAGUUUAGAGAGCAAUACCCGAAGUUCCUGAAGGUUGCAUUUACCGUAGGAAAAGCUGAGGAUUUGCUAGACCUCACUGGAGGGUCCAAGGAGAUUAAGUACGAUACCAUUGUAGAGACAUUUGGGUUGUGUUCACACGAGGAUCCGGUCAGGGCCUUGAAGAAUAUGGUUGGGUUAUUGAGACCUGGUGGAAGAAUUGUGUUGCUCGAACACGGUAGAAGUAACUGGGAUUUCAUCAACAAUCACUUGGACUUCAGAGCCGAAAAGAGAAUGAAGACGUGGGCUUGUAGAUGGAACUUGGACAUCGGUGAGUUGAUUGAGGACGCUGGGUUGGAUGUAGCCUAUGAAAAGAGGGUGCAUUUUGGUACCACAUGGAUGUUAGUAUGUAAGAGACCGGAAGAUCCAAUAAAGGUGAGCGAGAAGACAUUCUUACAAAAGUUGUUUGGUACCGGACCAAAGACAUCAGUUAACUAG